CGCUGCCGCCUCGAACCAAAUCAUCACCUCCCACAACAUGGCAUCAGAGUCGACUGCUCAGGCUCGAAGGGGUCUCUUGACAUGGAAAGAUAUCCUUCCAUGGCAGAGAGACAAUGAAUUCAUUCUUACUGGAUAUCGAACGGCGUCCUUCUCAUACUCCAAGUCCCUGAGGAGCAUCUUCCAAGUUCACAACGAGACUGCCAACAUCUGGUCCCACUUGAUGGGUGCCGCUUGGUUCCUAUUGAUGUUCCUCCAGUCCUUCCACAUCAGGCAACUGGCCCAUGGCUCUCAGCUCCAGGAUGCCAUGGCGCUGGGCCUCUACUACCUCUGCGUAGUCGUCUGCUUUAUCCUCUCGACCAUCUUCCACACCUUCUCCGACCACAGCCAGGGAAUGCACAAAUUCGGCAACGAGCUGGACCACCUCGGCGUCGUGCUCGUCAUGUGGGGCACCGGCAUGUCGGGCGUGCACUUUGCGUUCUACUGCCACGGGCUUCUACGCAACACCUACUUCGCCAUGCUCACCGGCACCGCACUCGCCUGCGCCGUCUUCACGCUCCGGCCCAAGUUCAGGCAGCCGGCGUACCGGACGACGCGGUUUCUGAUGUACGUCUUCCUCGGGACGAGCCUGUUUGCGCCUGUCUUGCAUGCUUGGCUGCUCUAUGGGGACGGGCUCAACGAGAUGAUGGGGUUGAAGUCAUUCCUUGGACUGGCUGCCAUCAAUUUUUCCGGGGCAGCUGUAUAUGCGGCGCGGAUACCUGAGCGGUGGUUCCCGGGGAGGUUCGAUCUGCUGGGCCAGAGCCACAACUUGAUGCAUGUGUUGGUGCUUACGGGAGCGUUGGUCAGGCUGGAUGGGCUGGUGGGGGUUACGAAACUGUGGCAGGAUCCCGCCGUCAAGUUUGAGUUUUGUGUCGGUGCAAGCUAG